UCCUCCAACUAGUAUAAAGCAAAGGAAGCGAGAUAGCAAGCAAACUCUCCACCAUGUCGCCGAUCCCCGUCCUAAUGAGCCUCCUGGCUUUCAGCCUGGCGUAUCCACAGCUUAACGGCGUACUGAAUCAAAGAAAGUAUGAUCUUGGCGGCAGAAUUGUUGGAGGGAAUGCAACAACUAUCGAGGAGUUCCCCUACAUGGUCUCCGUCAGGGAAUUCUACGACGGACAGUUAGAGUCCCACAUAUGUGGCGGCUCCAUCAUCUCCGAGAACUUCGUCGUGACUGCAGGUCACUGUUGCGCUGAUCAAGAUACUGCUUCCCUGGUUGUACGUGUUGGAAGCACUAAAAUAAACAGUGGAGAGAAACAUGAACUUUCCAAAAUCAUCUUGCAUCCUGAAUAUAAGCAAGUGGUCAGAAUUCCUUACAACGACAUAUGUCUUCUGAAGGUCUCGAAGCCGUUCGUGUACAGCGACAGCAUCAAGGCCGUCGCACUGCCGCAAGCGAACUCCGAGGUUCCGGAGGGAACUCUGGCUGUGACGUCCGGCUGGGGCUCGACAUUCUACGAAGGCGACGUGGUGCAGGUGCUGCGAGAGGUGGCGGUGCCCAUCGUCUCCCAGGCCGCCUGCGUCAGCGAGUACGGCAAGAACAUCCACGGCGACUACAUGGUGAACGACACCAUGAUCUGCGCCGGGUACCUGCAAGGAGGGAAGGACGCUUGCCAGGGCGACUCUGGCGGCCCUCUGACGGUGGGCGGCUCCCUCGUGGGGCUCGUGUCGUGGGGCGCCGGGUGCGCCGAGCCCAAGUACGCCGGCGUCUACACCGACGUCGCCCGCUUCCGAGACUGGGUCAAGUCCGAGGCCGGCGUCUGAGAUGCCGUCCGGGCCCGAGCUGUGUGUCAACCUAUGACGUUUACACAUUUCCUGUAAUAAAGUUUCUGCUGACAACCCUUAA